CUGUUUUCCAAUAGAAAGAAAACGUAAACAUUAUAUUUAAGCAUUUAUUUGGCUUUUGCUCAAUAAACAAAUUGCAGUUAUGCAGACUGGAGUCCUCCACUCGCUGCUGAAAGUGUUCGCCUGCUAAGAUGCACAGUCACGGCGCUAGCAAAGUUGUUGCUACUCUCCGGGCAGAUGGUCACGUCUAUCCCAUGGAAAACUCCAAUUUGAUGCACUACGAGAUUCGCACCGAAGGAGAAGUCCAGCAGAAAAAGGGCAACCUUGUGGGGCCCGCCACAUGCGUUGACUUGGGCAAGCAGCUUCUGCAGUGCGCCAGGGACAGCGAUGUGUCCGGGGUCAAGAUGGCGUUGGCACAUGGAGCGCCCUUUGCGUCCGACUGGCUCGGCAUGUCGGCGCUGCAUUUCGCCGCCAUGAACAACCAGCUGGAGAUCUGCGAGAUCCUCCUGCAGGGAGGGAUCAACAUGGACGCCAAGACCAAGGUGGACCGGACGCCACUGCACCUGGCGUGUUACUACGGGCACGAGCGGGUGGUCAGCUUGCUGCUGGCUCUCAAGUGCAGCGUCAACUCCCGCGACAUGCUUCGCAUGACCCCGCUCCACUGGGCCGUUGAAAAGAGGCACAAGGGCAUUGUGCGCCUGCUGCUCAAGUGCCAAGCAGAUGUCGCCCUGGUUUCCAAGUUCGGCAAGACGCCGAUCGGACUGGCGGUCUACACAGAACAGGCGGACGUGCUGGCAGAACUCGAAGCGGCGCGGCAGGCGCAGGCCAGUAAAAAGUUUAACGAGGAAACUGAGCGACUAACGCACAAGAGCAAAAAAGAAACCAGUGAGGCUGUUAACUCAAUAAUGGAUGAGCCAGAAAUAGCUAAAAACCUUGAUGACCGAGAAAUGUCAGUUGAAGAACGAAUGGAUGUCUUGGAAAACCUGCGAGGGCAUACCAAUGUGCUGGGCAACUCUGCGCUCAAUAUGCUCAAAACGCACGGAAUAGCAGACAUGAUGCAGGAAAACGAUGACGAGGCCUCGAAGGAAAUGUUAAACACGGCGUUGCAGAAUGGACGCCAGCUCGUCCUCUCCGAAGGUGGACGCAUGCUACUGCAUGAAACGAAAGCGGGCGUCAACGGCAGGCAACCAGUAAAUGGAAAUGCAAGGCCCUCUGUUGUGGCCCUCCGCCCAAAUGUGAAUAACUCUCCUCCCCAGAAGAUUCGCAUGAAUGUCAUUAAGCAAAAGGAUCUUCCGUCUCCAGCGGGGGUUACCAAGAACAAGAAUAUACGCAUAAUCUCGUUGACUGAUUUCAAGAAGCUCUGCGGAUCAGACAAUCAAACAAAGUCCCUACAAAAAAUACCCGCAUCGUUGGCAAGCUCUGGAAUGGUACGCCAGCUACCCGAUGGCACCAAGCUAGUCAACAUGCGCCAGCUGCAGGCUCGACAGCUAAAGCUCCCGUCCCUGCAAAGACCCUUGGAGCCCACCACCAUAUUAGAAGAGUCCCAGGGUCUGAACGAACCCGUGGCCCUACCUACACUGCCCGCGAACCAUCCCGCGUCCAGUAGUUCGCUCAGGGGACAAGUAGGCACCGUGCAAACGAUACAGCUGCGUCCUUCACUUUCGGCAGGAUCUGGACAGGUGCCAACGAACAACGGGGUGACAGCCGGCAAACCAUUUGUUAGUGCGACAAAGCUGACCUCGGCGAAAUCUCCGAACGUGAUGCCAAUCCUAACGUCUUCCGAGAUUUGUCGUCAGCUGCAUGAGCUGCGGCGCCAAAACGAAGAACUGCGCCGGCGGGCAGACUCCUUUCAGCGGGAGAAAGAGGAGAUGCUGAGGCGCAUCGACCGCCUGGAGCAGAUGGUGUUGGUUCGAGAGUCUGAGGCGGACAUGGAUUUCGGGGACGACGGUUAACUAGAGCUAAGAUAGGAUUAUUGUACAUACGUUAAGGUACGUUUAAGGAAAAGUUAUUCAUAUACCGAUAAGUGCAUUCGUUAACCGCUCAGUAAGCGGAGGAUUUCAUAACAUUUUAUAUCAGAACCGUAUUAACACAAACGUUAAAAGUAACUGCAACAAAUUCUAACUGCUGACUGCAGGUUAGGACAGUUAGCUAUCUACCUUAAAAUGCAUUUUUAGUUGACUAUUAAGAACCGAUUUUGCAUAAUUUAAUAAAUCUUUUAAAAAAACUAA